AUGAGAUUCUCUGAGUUCUCAAUGCCCGGGUUCUCUGCGGAUGUUAUUGAAAAGAUACGCGAUUAUCGGCACAGUUUGGAGACGUUACACUUGGACCUUCGCGACGUGAUUGAAAGCUCUCCCCCCUACCGUCCCGACUGCACGUUUCAUGACUUUGAGAAGCUUGAACAUGUCUUUUUGAACACGCGGCUUGUUUUUCACACUUUACGCGAUCUCGAGGGUAUUGAUGGCCCGACGGUGGAGGAUCGUCAUGCAAUUACCCGCCUAUUACCACCGUCGAUAGCAUCGCUGCACUUGGUCUGGGAUGAUCUAGAGAUUGACCGCUUCGAACAGGGAUUGCUGGGACUUGUUGAUGCAACGACUGAUCACUUUCACCAUCUGAAGCUUGUUGGUCUUGACUACGCGGAGAGGCUAGAUGAAACGGUUCAUCAGGCCAUGCUUGAGGCUCGUAUUGAGUUCACAUACGAGCGUUGGCCAGUUUCUUUUGAGGGUGGGCCAGGUGCGGAAGAACCUGAUGAUGAAUGGAUGGGUUAUGGGAUCCAAUGA